CAAAUUUUUUCUGAUUCUUCAUACAAAAACACAUCUGGUGUGCUUCAAGGCACCGUUACUGGCCCUUUCCUGUUCUUAAUUUAUAUAAAUGACAUUCUUGAACAGUUUCCACUUGAUGUUCAUGUUAUGGCAUUUGCCGUUGACCUGAAACUUUUUAGCAGUAACUGUGAAAGCCUUAAAUCUUCGAUCUCAAUAAUUGAAGCGUGGUGUACGAAGUGGCAACUCAAAUUAGCAGAAAGUAAAACUAAUGUUCUCCAUAUAGGUAAGAAAAACCCUAAAUGUAAAUACUAUAUACUCCGCAAAUCGCUUCUCCUGGAGCGCGGACGGGGCGCGACGAGAUUACGGGUUCGCGCUCCAGUCACACGUUUUUUCGCGCUCCUUCCGCGCCUCGUUGGCGCUCUGAUCGCGUCCCAUAAAAUUUCGUAAGAAUUUUUCAAAUUCGGAAUGCGCGCGGAGCAAACGCGAUUGGAGCGCGGACGUGGCGCGUAAGGAGCGCGAAAAAAAGGGUGACUGGAGCGCGAACCCGUGAUCUAGUCGCGCCCCGUCCGCGCUCCAGGACGAGAGAUUUGCCGAGUAGUACAUAUGUCAACGGCCAAAAGAUUCAUUCCUGUUCUAAAGCUCGUGAUCUUGGUAUAUGGAUUGACGAUCGAUUGACUUAUGACAAACAUAUUAUCAAAGUUAACGCUGCAAUGUUCAAAUGUCGACAAAUUCUUAAAAACUUCCAAUCUCUGAAUAUGCCUUUUUACUUCAAACUCUUCAACAUUUACAUCCGACCCAUUCUUGAAUAUGGAUGUGAAAUAUAUCAUCCCAAAUCGUCAUCACUCACAGCCAAAUUAGAGCAAUCUUUAAGUUUCUACUCUAGGCACGUUUUUAAGAGAUGCAAAAUUUCUUACGAUUCGUAUGAUCAUCGCCUGAUGCAAGCUGACCAACGCUCUCUGGAACACAGACGGAUUCCCCUUAUAUUAAAAACAUUCCACAACAUAAUAACCGGUAAAUAUAACAA